GAUUAACGGCAGACGCGGAACUGAGCGCAACGUAAACUUAUCGCCGGAAUCACACAAUCGUUUCGUUGCCAAUUAAUCAAAAGAUAAUUAGUCGAAAGAUAAUCGCGCGUCAGCUUUAUCCGGCAUUUCAGAACGUCAUUAAGUUUCAAUGGAAUCAAAGAACUUGUCGCGGGUUACGAUGCUGACCAUUUUUAUGCUUUUGAUUGUAACAUGCAGCAUGGUCGAGUCGACCCUUACCCUCGCAACCGUAUUACCGCAACUGCACAGAUGUAACCGCCAUCUACCUGAUAUAGGAAAAUGCGUAAAGCGCAGCAUAGAAUCGAUGAAGCCUUACAUAGCGAACGGUAUUUGGAAUUUGAAUACAAAAGUUUUCGAUCCAUAUCACAUGAUACAUUACGAGUUUACCUUGGGAAAUGACACCAAAGUGAUAUUUAAGAAUACAUUUAUCUACGGUCUAUCAAACUACACGAUAAGAAAACAAAUCUUAGUUUCUGUAGACGUACAGCGAAUUGAAUUUACCGCGAAAUUUCCACUCAUCCGAGUGUUCUCCUUCUACGAAAUACAGAGUGCGAACUUGACGUUACCCGAAAUAAAAGACGGAUACAAAAUGGGUGGUAUCUAUAGGAACGUCAAAGCUAAAAUCACUAUAGAUGGUGAAUUUUAUCUGCACGAUAAAACCGAAGAAGAAUAUUUCCGACUGAACAUGGUCUCCAUCCCGAAAUUGUCCGUGGAAAACGUCACGGUCUUCAGGGACAACUUAGAGUCCUUAUCUUCUUCUACAAAUGCUACUUUGACCGAUAUUUGGCAAUUGAUAUCGAACGAAGUACUACAAAUAAUUUCGUUAACCGCUCCCGACGAAAUCUUCAACUUCGCGAGUAAAAUCUAUGAUAAUUUCCCAACGAAAAUGUUGUUUCCGCUCUAAGUCGUUAUUUCCAUUUUAUCGUCGCGACUCCAAUUAUUUUAUAACUGUUAAUCGAAUUAACGCGAUCGUGUGCAUGUUAUUGUUGUGUAUCGAAAAUUGAUAUAUACACGGUGUCAUGGAUGUCUUACCAUUGCCCAGAUCGAGAUUUACACAAUUUUCGAUCUUAGACAUAACGCUCGAGAUUAAAAAUUGUGCAAGUAAUAGUAGUUAUAAUGAUAGGAUUAGAAUAGCUUUGAUCGUAAUAGUUUCAAUCUUACUCGUAUACGCAUAGGGCCGAAAAUUAUGUAACUCUCAGAGAAUAUUAGGACGAUGAAUACUCAUGACAUCAUGUGUACACUCAUUUGCAUAUCGGUUUGCACACGUUUUCUUCUGACAAAAUUAGGUAUGCAUCAAAUGAUCACGAUUGCGAGACAUUGCUCAUGGGUGGUAAUUAGUUACGAAAGAAGUCGAAUGAUAGUACGGAGUAAAUAGUAGCCCUUUAUUAUACUUUCAUCUCUGAUAGAUAAAAGUACAAUAAAAAUACUUAGAUUUUUCCUGAAUUCUCCGUUGCAGUUGUAACGUCGGACGUCUCGUAUACUAUCAGUUCACUUCCUGUCAUGACGAUCACCGCGCAAGCUUGCGACUGGUGUAAUCCAUAAUCGUGGCCAUUUGGCACGCUCCUAACUUUAUCGGGAAAAGCAUGCGGAGACAUUGUGCAAACGCGUGUACACCUCGUUUUAAUACAAUUUGGACACUUUUCUUUCGAUGCAAAUCGAAAAGCAGUCGAUCGUCCCAUGAGAAAACUUGUUUUUGAAAUAAUUCCCAGAAGUUAUGUUUUCCCAUUAAACCAUCAACUGUGUUCUAAACUGUAUCAAGAGAAAAAUGCCCGAACCGUGUCGAUGUCAAGAGUAUUCGGAAAGUGAGUAAACGUGAGCUCAAGAUUCCAGAAGACACAACCAACGAUAGUCAAAGCGUUUCUUUUCUCUCCCAAAAAAAGCAGAAUAAUAAUCAUUAAAUGAGUUUGCGAUACUAACGUUUUUAUCCAUGUGCACUCAAAGACGAGAGAAGUGUAUAAACUUAUUUUUGUACUUUAAACAAAUUGAAUAAAAAGUUACGCCCGUAA